UUUGUCUUGUCUUCUCCCGUGUUCCGUGUUUUACGUGGAUAUUCUGCCGUUUUCUUUUUUUAUAAGUUUAUUAGAAAAUAAUUUUACACUUUUUAAAUAAUCUAAGUAAAACAAAAGUGACAAGAAUCAUACAUAUAAUAGUAUAAAAUAUAAUAAAUUAAAAAAGCACGGAAAAUAAGUAAAAACAGGACAUUGACAUUAAAUCGAAAGUCCACAAAACACUAGCCCCAGUCAAAAAAAAGACCACUUUUUAAGUAGAAAAGAAAAACUCUUUAAGAGAAACUAAAGACGAAAUGAACAUCCCAAACGAAUAUAUUACAAAAACGGAAGAUGUGGCGGAUCAGGUCAUACGUCGCGGUAAAAAUAUCCUGCCAACAGUAGCACGUUUGUGCCUUAUAGCCACCUUUUUCGAAGAUGGUUUACGUAUGUACUUCCAGUGGAACGAACAACGUGAAUAUAUGGACAUGAGCUGGGGUUGUGGUAAAUUCUUGGCGACCGUAUUUGUUUUAGUUAAUUUAAUUGGACAACUUGGAGGCUGUGGAAUGGUCAUUGCUAGAUUUAAAGUUGACAUUGCCGUUGGUAUUCUCUUUUUCAUUGUUGUGUUGCAGACAAUUGCCUAUUCAAUACUGUGGGAUAUUCAAUUCUUAUUGCGUAAUUUGGCUCUUAUUGGUGCAUUGUUACUAGUAUUAGCGGAGUCACGUGUUGAAGGUCGUAGCUUGUUUGCUGGCGUUCCCACAUUGGGUGAUAAUAAACCCAAAAAUGUUAUGCAACUCGCUGGUCGUGUUUUGCUGGCAUUCAUGUUUAUUACAUUGAUUCGUUUCGAAUUGAGUUUCUUGCAGAUUCUUCAAGAUAUUGUUGGUUCAAUUUUGAUGGUUUUGGUAACAAUUGGUUACAAAACUAAAUUGUCUGCAUUGAUUUUGGUUGCUCUAUUGACUGUUUUGAAUUUGUAUCAUAACGCGUGGUGGACCAUUCCAUCCUACAAGCCUCUCAGAGAUUUUCUCAAAUAUGACUUUUUCCAAACUCUUUCUGUUAUUGGCGGUUUAUUGAUGAUUGUAUCCUUGGGACCCGGUGGUGUAUCUAUGGAUGAACACAAGAAGAAAUGGUAGAUGGUAUCCAUGAGAAGUUCAUUUUAUUUGUUACUUCUUCUUAUAGUUCACACACCAUCAACAAUAAAAUAAAAAAAAAACAUAAAAACCGAAAAAUUCUUAUACAUACAACCACAAAUCACUCCACUUUUUUAUUUUAUUAUUUUAAUUGUAUUUUAAUUUUGUUUCUUUGAUUAUAACUUUAAAUUAAUUAAAAGAAACCUUUGAAACAUUUUUUAUAAAAUAUAAAAACAAACCAUAAAAUGGCUAAAAAAAUUAAAUAAUAAAAAAAAUAGUAAACUUAAAAAUUUUUACCCUUAGUGUCAACUCCGCAUUUUUUGAUAUAUUUUAUUUUUUAAUUAUGCAAUUGUAAAUUGCUCGUAUUUUUUAUAUUGAUAAUAAUUUAAAUAUUCCAAGUCUUUAAGGUGUUAAUUUUGAUUCUAAAAAAUUGUUUUAUAUUGUUUUAUACUGUUGUCUUUUAAUUUCUUCCAAUUUAUCAAAUUUUCUUGUGUGUUAUGUUUUUUUAAUAAUUAGUAUGUAUAUUCCUAUUGUAAUUUUAAGUAAAGAAAAAAAAUAAACAAACAAAAAACCUUUUUUGUAAUGCCUACAGGA